AUGAAAACGAUCCAUGCAACGGCUCUUCUUGCAUUACUGACAGGUAGCUGGAUUACAUACGGCGAAGCAUCGCCUACCAUCUUGAUCCCUCGCCAGCGCGCAGAUAUCGCAAAGAGCAUCGCCGAGGCCAUCCAGGCAGCAACUGGCGGUGAUGAUCCCGACGUCAGAGCAUGGCCCGCUGACACUCUCACGUUACAGGAAUUUGACAAGUUACCCGACCUCUGCGCCGUACAGAUGAGCACACACGCUAGCGGCGGCUGCAAAAUGUCCGUUGAAUGCACCGAUGGAAAAAAGGAAUACAACAAUUUCCAAGUCUGCGAGAUCGGCAAGCAGCAGAAGUGGCAUGACGACAGAAUUGGUGACUUCUCCGUUGAGUACACGAAAGCGGGCGGGAUCAACAGCGAUACCGACGGCCUAACCGCGCCGGUUCUUCGUUUCAAGGGCAUUGGAAAUUGGCAAGAUAUCGACGUCAACAGCCUCGGUCAGAAGGACUGUGAUCCAAACCUCCACUGCGAUGACAGCGGAGACGUUUGCAAGGAAGAAGACGAUCACGAGACCAAGACGUGGACUUGUGGAAUACCGAAGCUGGGCAAAGCCAGCAACGUGGGUGACGUCCCCUUAGGCAACGAUUUCAAAGUCGGGAAAGAUGGAUACGCGCACGGCACGUGUUGGAUGCACAUCGUGCAGCAUCAGAAGCCCGAUCCGAGUAAAGACAAUUAUUCGUGUGAGGUGUGGGUCAAAGAUGCUAAUUCGCAUGAUAUUGGGUGGAGGUAUCCCGCGGUUGAGAUGGAUAAGCCGUUGUGGGUGACGAGUCCGCUGCCGCAUACGAUUUAUCUGAGGACUGGCGCGGUCGAUGAUGAUCCGAUUACUGUUACGUAUGGGAAGGAGAAAUGGAGUACGGAUAAUGGCGAUAAGUGUUACGAUAUCAUUGUUCUAGGAAGAAGCAUGAAUGCGCCCUCUAUGUUUAAAAAAAUCUCAGAUCUAAGAGAUUGUAUAUUCAAGUCGGCGGACAUAGUAUACAUCUUUGUUCAAUUCUUGACUAGAAGGAAUUUCGGCUUAGUGACAUGGUCGGAUGUGGAAGCCAUCGGCUUGUCCGCAAAUCACAUAUUUGAAAUCUCGCCAUUCUUCACCCUUGACUAUAUAACCGGCUAUGAAAGCACCCUCAACACUCAAAUAUUCCAUCAAGUUCCCAGACGACCAUACCGAGAGAAACAACCAGCAAAUAUGAAGGAACUCGCGAUUAUCAUCCUACUCUUCUACCUCGAUAGGGCUCUUUCAGCUGCUGUAUUUCCAGUCUCUGCGCCUCCAGCUACUGCAAUUAUCCCCCACCAAGACUCGCUCGGUCUCCCCUUCGAUCCUGCCGAGACACCCGACAUCAUCAUCGAGCCAUGGACUGAAAAAGGAACUACCUCAAUCCCCGGUGGCCUACUAAUCUACACGUGGACCUCAUUCAUCUCCUCGCAAUGGGCGGAUACCAGAUCUCAAAGCAUCACUGAAGAAGUCAAAUACCACGAGGAUAUUCUCUUCCCCGUCCAUCACUGCGAAAUGUCCCUCUCCCCCUCUCCCGACAAACGCGAAGAUUUCACUGGCCACACGGCCGGCUGGGCAGUCUUAACUGCAAUGGACGACAUCAUAGCAAACGAGCCCGCGGACGAUCCGGCUGUCCCCGCAAAGCCCAAUUGGAACGUCCCUACAUACAAAAUCUUCUCCGACCAACACAUCAUCGGUGCGUUCGAGACAGACCUUCUUCAAGCCCAAGCCGCAGUAUUCGAUCCCAACGCGCCUGGCGGCGAGAACGCUGACCCGAUCCAUGUUGGCCCGACUUACACCGGCCAGCUCAUGAGCCAGAAGGUAAUUCUAGAACUCAUUACUUCCCUCCUCUCCUCCCUCUACAAAUUCGACGCCCGUCAAGCCGUCAGCCGCUCCUUCCGCACCGGGCAAGAACUCUUGGGCAACGAUCCCGAUACCGGCGGCACCAUUAUCCUCAAGCUGGGGAAUCUCGGGACUGAGCAGAACACAGUUACGUGGUUGGAUAUUAUUAGUGGGAUUCGGUUGAGUUUGAUUGGGCCGAUUAUGGAGGGGGAGGGGAAGUGGCAGAGCACGACGUCUAUCUUUACCGUGCGGACAACGCUUUUGGAGUUUGGAAGACUGGCCUGGUGUUUGCAGAGUCAGAGUCCGGGAGGCAGGUGUCCGGGGUUGGAUGAUCAGGCGCAGGCGGCGCCUAGCGUCUCGUCGGUUGCAGUGUCGUAG